AUGAGACGUGUUGUCGUAACUGGUUUAGGACUUGUUACCCCAGUUGGAGUAGGAGUAAAAUCAGCUUGGAAGAAUAUUAUAGAAAGUCAAUGUGGAGUUGUUUCUUUAGCAAAUAAGGAAGGGUUCGAAAAGUUACCUGUCAGGAUCGCUGCACAAGUACCCCUUGGUUCAGCUGAGGAUGGCAAGUUUACAUCAACCGAAUGGCUCGAUAAGGGUGACGAUAGGGUCAUGGCAAAGUUUACGCAGUACGCGAUUGCAGCUGCUCACCAAGCACUCCAAGAUGCAGAGUGGAAACCGACAGAUGCUUAUGAAAAGGAAAGAACGGGGGUUUGUAUAGGCUCAGGGAUGGGUAGCUUGGAGGAUAUAAUUGAUACUGCAAGUUCAUACGAGAAGGGAGGAUUCAAAAAAGUGUCUCCGUUAUUUGUCCCGAGAAUACUUGUGAACAUGGCUGCAGGACACCUUACAAUGAAGUAUGGGUUCCAAGGUCCCAACCAUGCUGUGUCUACAGCCUGCACUACUGGAGCUCACUCUAUUGGCGAUGCUAUGCGAUUUAUUCAGUAUGGUGAUGCAGAUGUUAUGGUAGCGGGUGGUACAGAGGCAUCUAUACAUCCCUUGGCCAUUGCUGGAUUUGCAAGAGCCAAAUCCCUUGCUGCAGUCUUUGAUGAAAAGCCAUUUGAAGCAUCCAGACCGUUCGAUCGAGAUAGAUGUGGAUUUGUGAUGGGCGAAGGUGCAGGUGUGGUUGUAUUAGAAGAGUAUGAGCAUGCCAAGAAGAGGGGUGCAAAAAUAUAUGCCGAAUUGAAAGGAUAUGGGCUGUCAGGGGAUGCUAAUCAUAUGACAACACCACCACCUAAUGGUGACGGUGCUGUUCUUUCUAUGCAACGUGCUCUCAGGGCGUCAAAGCUGACUCCAGCAGAUAUUGACUAUGUAAAUGCUCAUGCUACGAGUACGCCUGUUGGUGAUGUUGCUGAAAACAGAGCCAUUAAGACAGUGUUUGACGGCUACUGGAACAGGGUCAAUGUAUCUUCUACAAAGGGCGCAACAGGACAUUUGUUAGGAGCAGCUGGGUCUGUAGAAGCGAUCUUUACCAUCUUGGCUGUUCAUCAUAACAUAUUGCCUCCUACUCUGAACUUACACAAUACAAGUGAUGAACAGGAAUUCAAUCUGAAUUAUGUGCCACGCGUUGCUCAAGAAAAAGAAGUCAAGGCAGCCUUAACAAACAGUUUUGGAUUUGGUGGUACAAAUGCCACACUGUGCUUUGCCAAAGUGUAA